UAAGACCCAUGACUUGCUUUUUGAUCCCAACUGUCUUUCAGGCAGGCUCCCUGUCACUCAUCAUGGGCUGUACCCCUAAUGCUUCACAUUCUCCAGUCUUCUUGCUCCGUGGCUUCUCAGGAGCUAGCGUCUCCUCGAGUCUCCUUUUUCUCCUGUUCCUGGCUGUCUACCUGAUGACCGUGGUGGGGAACAUGACCCUAGUGCUGCUCAUCUCCCGGGACCCCAGGCUCCACACGCCUAUGUACUAUCUGCUCCGUGGUCUCUCCGUGAUAGACAUGGGGCUGUCCACAGUCAUCCUGCCCCAGCUGCUGGCCCAUCUGGUCUCUAAUUCCCCAGCCAUUUCCGCUUCGCGCUGCUUGGCCCAGUUCUUUUUCUUCUAUGCAUUUGGAGUCACGGAUACACUUGUUGUCUCUGUCAUGGCCGUGGAUCGCUAUGUGGCCAUCUGUGACCCGCUGCAUUACCAUUCAGUGAUGAGUCGCCAAGUCUGUGCCCGCUUGCUGGCCAUGAGCUGGUCAGUGUCCGUAGUGCACACCAUGCUGCAUGUGGGCCUCCUCUUGCCUCUGAACUGGGCUGGGGAUGCUGAAGGCAAUGUCAACCUCCCCCACUUCUUCUGUGACCACCGACCACUUCUGCGAGCCUCUUGCUCUGACAUACAUUCCAAUGAGCUGGCCAUAUUCAUGGAGGGCGGCUUCCUCAUGCUAGGCCCCUGCACCCUCAUUGUACUCUCCUACGUCCGCAUUGGGGCUACCAUCGCUCGCUUGCCUUCAGCUGCUGGUCGCCGCCGUGCAGUCUCCACCUGUGGGUCCCACCUCACCAUGGUUGGCUUCUUCUAUGGCACCAUCAUUUGGGUCUACUUCCAGCCUCCUUCCCAGAACUCUCAGGAUCAGGACAUGGUGGCUGCCGUGAUGUACACUGCCAUUACCCCUUUGGCCAACCCUUUGGUGUACAGCCUCCGCAACAAGGAUGUCAAGCGUGCACUCCGCAGGCUGAUUGGAUGUGGGGCAGUGGACUCCUGA